GAGAGUGGAGACUCUGAUUCAACGAAUUGUAUUUCUGUAUAGAAAAUGUCCAACACGAAGACAACAACUGAAUAAAGGAUUUGUUCUAUUUUGGAUGUAUUGCUGAAUGGAAUUUAGAUAGUUCGUCUUCUUCAUAUUGUUUCCGCACGAACAGAGAGAGAGAGAAGAAAAGUUGGAGUUAGAAACACACCGUCCCAAAGGAUGGUCAGCUUGGUGAUCAUGAAGCCUUCGGUUCUGUGUAUAGUACUUAUCCUGCAUCUAACGGGUAAAGGAACAGCAGAACUGCCCAAUGGUUACCCAUGGUCCGACGAAGCAAUUUAUAAUCGCACGGCACGGCAGCGAUCCUGUUUAGAAAACCAGGAAUAUCCACACAACGGGUUCUGCUGCCGCAACUGUGAGGCCGGAACCUACGUGAGUAAGCCGUGCACAGCGGACCAGGAGAUGGGAACAUGUUCUCCGUGUGAAAGUGGAACCUACGCUGAGCAUCCUACAGGCAUGCGCCAGUGUCUGCAGUGCACUCAGUGUCAGCAAGAUCAGGUCAUGACACAGAAGUGUACAAGUACGAGGAACACUCAGUGUGAGUGCAAGCCUGGAACCUUCUGUGUUCCUGACCAGCCCUGUGAAGUCUGCAAAAAAUGCCUCAGGUGUAAAGCGGAUGAGGAGGAGGUGAAGAAAUGCACCGCCACCUCCAACACAAAGUGUGUGAAACGUCCUCCCUCUCCUGAGAACCCUACAGAGAUCCCUCAUCUCUCCCCAGCUCCCAACAAUCAAAAAACUGUGACCAUAGCUGCUACAUUUGGGACCAUUAUCCUGUUCAUCGUGCUGAUUUUGUUGUUAUGGUGGUUGUAUAAGAAGCGUCCGUGUGACAAGCCAGCGAGUCCAGGGACCUCGAAAGGGGAGGUGAAGAUCACCAUUGAGAACCUUCCAUCCGUUGAGGAGAAGGAGAACAGCCAAAAUGCCGGGCUGGAGGAGGCAGAGGAACCCCGGCCAGAGUCCCGGCCUCUCCUGCAGGAGACCCAGGGGGUGAGCACCAAAGGCUCAGCCCUGGAAGACGAGGACAGAGGAUUGGGUGACAGCCUGCCAAACACCACCAGCUCUUCCCAGACUAGCCUAUCAGCUUUGCCAACUGUGACCUACACAGGGGACUCUCCUCGCCACACCCCACCUGGCAAGAGACUCGACUUCACUGGACAGGGAGAAACGGAAUCCUGGAUCAUGGAGGAUGGGCGACCUAGAAAGUUGGUGCCUUUGCUUGGUGAGAAGACCUCUCUGGUAAAGAGCUUUGACCUGUUUGAAUCAGACCUGGACGUGCGGUUUCACAACAAGUUCUUCCGCAGCAUCGGCGUAAGCGACAACGACAUAAAGACGGCGGACACUAAUCACAGCGGCGACAAGGUGUACGAGUUGUUGAAAGUGUGGAUGCAGAGAGAGGGCCUGCGGGCUAGUAUUAACGACCUGCUCAAGGCCCUUCUGGAGUUGGACCAGAGAUACACUGCUGAACACAUAGCCUCCAAGGCUGUGAGGAAAGGCUACUACAGAUACGAGUGACACCUCAGCGAGAGAUCCCUCACACAUCCAAGAAAAAGUACAAAAAGCUAAAAUAUGUCAGAACAAACACGGAAAAGGGCGAAACAAUUAAGUGAAUGAGGACCUGUGAAGAGUUUCCCUCAGAAGAAGGGCGAGUAAUUGUGUUCUCCUCUCUCUUAUUUGGCCAGGGUGUGAAGUUAUGUUUCUUAGAGAAAUUGGUUUUCAUACCAGUUGGAGAGUGAUAUCCCUACUCAUUGUAGCGACUUCAGCAGCUCUAAAGCCAACACUGCACCCUGACAGGGCAAUGCACUGCGUUCCAGGAGGGACAUAUUUUCUCUUCUUAAACAGUGUGUGUGUGUAUGUAUGUGUGUGUAUGUGUGUGCCCUGGCUGUAUGCAAUGCACUGGCCUUUGGUGCAUAUAUAUGUUCUAGACGUACAGGUUGGUCCAAAGUCUGGAUGCUGUUUUGAAAACAGCUAUGCCAUUGGCAUUACAGUAAUUGAAACGUGUAGCUGCCUUAUUGAAGUAUUAACUACGCCUGACUGUCUGGCUGUCCAUUUCUCAGUCAAAACUACAUGAGUUCAGCUCUGUACACUACAGAUAUUUUUUUGGUUUUUACUUGUGGUUUACUCACUUAAGUUAAAAAAAAAAUACAAAAACAACACACAUACAAAAAUGUAAUAAACCUAAUAAGUUACAGAGAUUUCCCAAUGGUCACAAGCUUUUGCUUCAGACAAAAAAAAAAAGCAAAUAUAAGCUAUUGACAAAUUUACAGUACAAGCAUGAGGUGCUGUAGAUAUGGACCAUUAGUGAAUUUGCUGUCUGAAGUUCCAAGCUAAUGUAAACCAUUGGUAAAGUGUUGAGGCAGGGAUUGGUUGUUCCACAAUGUUACGCCGUGGAAUAUGUGAACAACGUAAUCUCCUCAGCUCAGUUGGCUGUACUAGAGAGUACACUCUUUCACAAAUUGACGUUGGAGCCUGUGUUUCAUCUGGUGGCGAAAGGCCGAACUGGUGUCUCUCCAGCUCAGCUGCAAACAUGUCCUUCAGACUGUCCUAGCCUUUUGGACAGCCACUUCUUAUUUAUAUUUAAAUAAGUGAUAUAUUUAUUUUUUAUUGUGUAAUUAAGGAUAAUUAUUUAUACCAUUGCAAAUAUCACCCAGCCAGAAGUGUUACGGUGUUUUUGUUUAACUCUAGACCACAAUAGUAUAGGCUGAGUUGACAAAGGCAUAUAGACUGCUUUUGUCCAUCCUUCCUUAGCAAAUGCACUGUUGCUAUGGUGUUUCAGUGCUUCCUCUCUGGAGUUGGCGAUCUUGUAACAUUUCUUCUUGAUGGCACAGAGUCUGUCAUUUACUGUAAACACACUCUGUUUGUCAUUUUUUUUUAAAAGCACAAAGUGUGUGGCAUUCGACACAUAGAAGCACACUCACUCCACAGUUGUUACUUUAAACGUUCUGAAACAACAUACCAUGAUCUGAUAACACAGAAUGAGUAUUGCUUCAGACAGUCCUCCUAUGGAAAUGGAUAUAGCAAGAACUGAACCCCUGUAAGAAAUUGACAAACAUCAGAGCACAGGUACGGUUUUGAGGAUUUCUUCAGGUCUUGAUGGUUUUAUGAAAGAGAUGAAGGACAUUUCUGCACAUCCAAAAAUAUAUUCAUUUUUUUUUUUUUAAAUAAAGUUUGGUUCUUUUU